AUGGAAGGAACAAUCCGAUGCUCGGCGAAUUACGUCCCGCUUUCUCCGAUCAGCUUCCUCGAUAGAGCCGCCGUAGUCUUCGGUGGCAGAACCUCCGUCGUGUACGGUGAUAUUCAGUACACGUGGCACCAGACACGUGACCGUUGUGUCCGCCUCGCCACUGCUCUCUCCGACCUCGGUCUCUGUCGCCACGACGUGGUUGUUGCUUUGGCGCCAAAUGUUCCUGCGUUAUGUGAGCUGCAUUUUGGAGCUCCAAUGGCUGGAACCGUACUUUGCGUAUUGAACACGCAUUACGAUUCUCAAAUGCUUGCGAUGGCAAUCGAGAAAACAAAGCCAAAAGUCUUCUUCGUUGACUCCGAAUUCCUCUCUAUCGCUGAAGAAUCUCUCAAUCUUCUCUCAAACAUUACCACCGAGGAACAACCUCUCAUCAUCACAAUCACAGAAAGUCCAACAGAGAAAUCAAAACACUUACAGUACGAGGAAUUUCUCACUUCCGGAAACCCUAACUUCGAAGUUGUGCGACCCGUUGAUGAAUGCGAUCCAAUCGCGCUUAAUUUUACAUCUGGAAUUACCUCGACCCCCAAAUGCGUUGUAUACAGCCACCGCGGUACGUAUCUGAACGCAACCGCGGUUGGUGUUAUCAGUGAGAUGAAACCAAUGCCGGUUUAUCUGUGGACCGUUCCGAUGUACCAUUGUAGCGGUUGGUGCUCUGUUUGGACAGUUGCGGCUUUUGGAGGAGUUAAUGUAUGUCUCAGGGAAGUUAACGAUGAAGUUAUAUUCGAUAAUGUCGUGAAACGCAAGGUAACUCACUUUGGUGGCUCGCCUGCUCUUCUCAACAUGAUCGCCAAUGCGCGAGACUUGGUCAAGAAGUCAUUCCUCACCGCCUCCUGA